AUGGACAAAAACAACCAGUCUAGUGUCUCUGAAUUCCUUCUCUUCGGUCUCUCUGAGAAGUCAAACCACCAACCUCUCCUAUUUGGCAUCUUCCUGGCCAUGUACCUGGUCACUGUCAUGGGCAACCUGCUAAUCAUCCUGGCCAUUGGUUUUGACCCACAGCUCCACACCCCCAUGUACUUCUUCCUGUCCAACCUCUCUUUUGCUGAUGCCUGCUUUUCUACCACCACAGUCCCCAAGAUGCUGGUGAACAUCCAGACGCAUAGUCAGACCAUACUCUAUGGGGGGUGCUUAGCCCAGAUGCAUUUUUUCAUGACAUUUGGGGCUCUGGAUGACUUCCUUUUAGGGGUGAUGGCCUAUGACCGCUAUGUAGCCAUCUGCAGCCCUCUUCACUAUUCCACAGUCAUGAGUUCUCUUGUGUGCUUGCUCCUUCUUGCACUAUGCUGGGUUCUCACCACCCUUGCUGCCCUCUUACACACCCUGCUCAUGGUUAGGCUAUCUUUCUGUGCAGACAACACUAUCCAUCACUUUUUCUGUGACGUGGUCCCUCUGCUGCAGCUCUCCUGCUCAGCAACCAGCACCAAUCAGAUGACCCUGUUCCUUGUGGGCUCCAUGAUACUCACUGGUCCUCUUUCACUGAUCAUCCUGUCAUAUGCACAUAUCAUCUCCACCAUCCUCAGGGUCCCAUCUGCCUCUGGCAGACAAAAGGCCUUCUCCACCUGUGGGUCUCACCUCACAGUUGUCUUCCUGUUCUAUGGCACAGCAAUUGUUGUCUACCUGUGCCCCACUUCUUCACACUCAGGGGGAAAAGAUAGAAUUGCAGCUGUAUUUUACACAGUGGUGACCCCCAUGCUAAAUCCUUUCAUCUAUAGCCUUAGAAACAAGGAUAUGAAGAGAGCACUGAGCAGACUUAGUGGCCUGAACACACUUUCUUCUCUAACUUUACGUCCAGGUUACAUCCAGGAAGGCCCACAUGCUCAGGAAGUAGUAGCCCUCCCUUCAACCUCAUAUGAAUAG